AUGACAGCAGGAUCACAGUCGCCGCCGGAGGCCACUGGCCCACAGGCAAAAAAGGGAGAAGAAACACAAAUCCAGUCGUCACAGCAGCCAAAAAAUGACGGACCUCCAGCUCCUCCAGCGUAUACUGCUAUCCCGACAUAUCGUCGGACAUUUAUUCUAAGCAUCGUGACUGUGGCAGGGUUUUUUGGGCCAUUGGCCGGUAACAUCUAUUUGCCAGCUCUUCUAGUAUUGGAAAACGAGUUCCAUGUCAGCAGUACUGUUAUUAAUGCCACAGUUUCUGUGUUCAUGGUUGUAUUUGCUUUCGGGCCUCUCUUUUGGGCCAGUUUUGCGGACCGACGAGGACGGCGACCUCUGUAUAUCGCAUCGAUUGCUGUUUACAUUCUAGCGAAUGUAUUGCUCGCUGCUUUGCCUUCUAAUCUCGGUGCACUGUUCUUUCUCCGGAUCUUACAGGCAUUUGGAUCAUCCGCAGUGGUUUCCAUGGGCGCCGGGACCGUAGCAGAUAUUACUGAGCCAAAACGCCGCGCCAGAGCCAUGUCGUACUUUUUGCUUGGUCCCCAAUGUGGUCCAAUUCUAGGCCCUAUUAUCGGAGGCGCACUGGCUGGGGGGGCAUCUUGGAGAUGGAUAUUUGGAUUUCUUGCGAUAUCCGGGUUUGCCCUCUGGGUGAUUAUUGUUUUUUACCUACCGGAAACUCUCCGAGCACGAGUCGGUAAUGGUCAAAUCUACCAGGAAGCGAGUUGGAUAUUAUGGCCGCCAAGAUUUGUAUCUGAAGCGGUUCCAGUGGAAAAAAGAGGACCUCCGCCUCCCAAAGUCACUUUGUCGACAUAUUGGCGCCUGUUUAGGUAUCCACCUAUAGGCAUUUCCUCGUUCAACACGGCAAUCCUGUAUUCCUCUUACUUUUGUAUCGCUGUCCAGCUGCCGACGGCUUUGGAGGAUACGUACCAUUGGACGACCGCUGAAGUCGGAGUUGGCUAUGUAGUUGUGGGUGUCGCCAUGGUGAUAGGGUCACUGAUAGGCGGACGUUUUUCGGAUUGGAGACGUGCCCGCCUGGUUUCUUCAGCAGGGGAAAAGAAUGUCGGACCAGAAAGUCGGUUGGUUGAUCAGAUAUGGGGUGUUUUCCUAUGUGUUGCCGGGCUGGUUAUGUUCGGUUGGUUUGUCGACAAAUCUAUUCAUCCCGCUGCUGUGUUGAUAUCGACUUUUCUUACUGGUUUUGGAAUGUCGUGGAUAUUUGUUGCAACUAACGCAUUUCUUACUGAAUGCGUGGCUCAACAAGCUGCCGGAGCUUUUGCCUUGGGAAAUAUGUUACGUAGCCCAGCUGCGGCUGUAGCAGCAGUCGUAGUUAGUCCUCUUGUAAAGCACAUGGGCUGGGGCUGGUGUUUCACAGGGCUUGCCCUUCUGAAUUUCUUCGUCGUGGGUACCGCGGUCCUCACUUUGCGUACCCAAUCCCCACGGUGGCGAAGAGAACGAGCAGAGAAAAUAGCAAAGUGA